AUGCAGAGAGACCUCAGAGAUCUAGUUCCAGAGAGGGACCUGCCUAAGGACAUGAAGCAUACGGCAGGAUGGGACUCCACAGUUAAGCUACGGAAAAGAAAGUACUCCAUUUUCCAGAAGGUGGGAAGAAAACCCAACACCAAAGGAGGUGGUCUCAAGUUCCACCAAAGGAAGUAUGUGGCACAGGACAGAUCCAGCGGGCUAGACCCCACUUCCCUUCAGCCAGAGGAGGAAGAGUCCCAGGGGCCGCCUGAGCUGGGUGUUGACACCCAGAUACUCCCAGUCAAUGACUUGCUAAAUCCUCCCAUGAGCCACCCAACCUCAUUAACGGUGAUCAAUCACUCUCUAAUCACCCACAGGGAGGCCCUGACACAACUGCUCACAGAGGAAUCAUUUUCACUGGCAGAAUCAGACCUGAUGCUUGCAGAUUUCCAUUUAAGAGGAACACGCACUACCAGCUUCAUCGUCAGGAGCCAGGCGGGCAAGCUGACGGUGUGGGAGCUCUGCCGACCGCCUGGCUGCGGCCACUCACUGCUAGGACUGCGCGGCCUGCCCCUGGCCUGGGUCCGGGCGCCUGUCCGCUCCCAGCAGCUGGUGGAGCCGCAGGACCCCCGCGCAGCCCGGGCCGCCGCCGUUAGGCGCUCCAGGCAGUCUGGAGCCGGCGCUCCUGGAGAUCAGAUAGACCGGCGGCGGCGGCCGCGGUCAGGACUGCGACGCUUCUCGGCCCCAUCCCCCAACCGAGUCGCGCCUCUGCGAGGCUGGGGGGAGACUCCAGGCGGCGGCGGUGGGGCCCAGAGAGCACGGAGCGAGGCUGCGGGGGACGUUCCGGCCUCGCCCGGGGCUGCCCAGGGCUGCGGGCUCCAGGCACCCAGAGCGCUGCGACCACAUGAAAGGCCCGGCGCUCAGCACCCGCCAACCACCGCCAGCUGGUUUCUAACUACACCGCCGGGGCCUCCAUGCUUCUCAGGGGCCAGCCUUCGAAGUGCCGCCUUACACCCGGGGCCUGCCCACCGGGCGGGCGCGGAUGGAGCUCCCGGUCCACACUGGGGAGCUCACAGUUGUUCCUGCCAGAUGCAGAAGCUGAGACUUAAAGAAGCUAUGAAACUUGAUCAGGUCCUGCAGCGCCAGAGGACCCAAGCUGGGAUCUCAACCCAGGCUGUUUGGCUCCAAAGCCGAACUGCUACAUUAUGUUGCUUCAGCAGUCAUUCAGCAAAUAUAGGCUCCAGCUGCAGCCACUUUGAAGAUAAAGUUUCCUCCAUAGGAAUUCUGCAAUACAGAUGGCUUUCCAUGGUCCCAGUUCAGCCCUGCACCAGUUCCUUUUCCCGCUGGGAAGUUUCUUUCCUCUUCCUGCUUCCAUGCAACUGCGAGGCAAGGCUCGAGCACACUUCCUUCUCCUUUUCCUGUGCCUCCCUCUUCUUCACUGCUCCGGGCUCUUCCCUACUCUGGCCCAGCCUUAUGCACAUUUUGCUCCAUAACUCUCCUGGAUCUGAACUGCUUUGAUUUCUCUCAAGUCAUGUCGGCGAAUCUCACAAAUGCAUUCUGAGAAAUACAGGAAUGCCUGAGAUGUUCCAGGCAGAAAAGAUUCACGCCUCUUCUUAGAAAUGAACAAGGCAUAGUCAUCAAGCCUCUGAAAAGUCCUGCAGUCAGGAAACCUACUUUGUUUGUUUUUUAACCCAGUAUUUCCCAAACUGAGAUGGCCAUGAUUUCACUUCGCUUAACAUAGACUGCCUUCUUUGAGAAUAAUUUAUGUAUAUGUCUGUUUGCCUUCCCCACUACAUAAGAGCUUGCCUCUAGGGCCUUCACACAGACACUCAACAAACAUUUGUGAGAUUGAGUUAAGGCCCAAAAGCAACAAACAACAGUAGUUUUCAUGUAUUAAGCACCUAUUAUGUGCCAGGCUGCAUGCUAAGUUCUUUACACACAUAUGUAAUUUUAUAAUAUAAAAAAAUAUAUAUAUAUCUCCCAUGAGUUCAGAUCUAUCUCAUGAGCUACUCUGUAUCUGAAAAGAGGAAAAUAUGCAUAACAAAUGUGAAUGGUAUAACUCGAUUACAUUAAAAGACAGGCAAAAUAAGUGUGUUUCCAAACUUUAUGGUUACGGUGUGAUUAAGGACAUGUAUGUUUAAUUUUCAGUCUCUAAUUUACAUUGGUAAUACUGAGGCCCGAAAUACAACAACGUAUAGUGCUGGAAAUAGGAUACAAACCCAGGACAGGCAGAUCUCAAAGCCAUCAAGCUUGAGUACCUCCAAAGUGGCAUCAGAUAAACUAGGAAAAACAAAACAAAACAAAACAAAAACCUUGUGAGAUCUUUCUGGCCAAGAGACUUGAAAACAGCAAGUCUUGAAAUUGAAAAUGUGUGUAAAGUAUGUAUAUGAAGCACGCCCUGAGAAGAGGCUCUCUGGGGGCUCCCCAGGCCUCCAGGUGGGUGGUUAGCAAGAGGAAGACUUGAGUUUAUGAUCCUAACUGCUCCAUUUAGCAGCUGUAUAACCUUGAACAAGUUAUUUAACCUUACUCAGCCUGACUGCUCUCUCACUUGCAAAACUGGUGUAAUAACAGUGCCUACCUCAUGGGGUUUUAAGGGAAGAGUCAAUGAAAUAAUGCAUAUAAACCCCCCAGCAUGUGUAAGUACUCAGGAAACAUUCGUUGUAGUUUAUUAACAUUUUGCUGCUUUUACUAUGAUUACAACCACCUGUAUCCCUCCUCCGUGUCUUCCCUUACACCUCCACACCCCCCACAACGGUAUUUUGGCCUUCUCCCCAUGCCUUCCUUUCCUCAGGUGGUAGAAACCCAGCAGGUAGUUCUCUAACAGCAGUUGUGAUGGACAGUUUCAUAAUGAACAGCUAUCACAAUAGCCAGUCAGCCCUGUGAGUACAAAAAGGGGUUAAUUUCCUGGUGGGUAGUGACUCUAGGGAUCCCUAGCUAAUUUGGAGAAAAAAAAAAUCUUUGUUUUUAAAUAAUCUUUGCCACCUGCUUUGGGCUUUCCUGCCUAACUCACUCUCAAAUGAGGUGGUGGGAAGGCUUCCCACAUGAUGAAUGGGGCCACUGAGCUCUGGGUGCCCAGCUUUGAAUUGCUAGCGAAGACUGGGCUAUGGAAUUCAGGGCUGAUGGGAAGACAGGAAGCUGCCAGUUGGAAACUCGCCCUUUGGGAUUUGGCUUGAGGGCUGGCUGGGGAUGAGGGUCCUCCAUUGGAGUUCUGAAGACCAGACAUUAGGGUUUUCUGUCCUCCAUCUGAAACAACCCUCUGGCAGGUGGAGGACUUGCCAAGGAUAAACUCUCUUAUAUUUCAAGCUUUUCAUUUUUGUGAUUUCUGAGUUCAACAGGCCAAUGUUAUUUGAAAUAACUUUUUUUCUCCUAAUUACAAAAACAACCAAUGCUUAUUGAGAGGAAAAAAAAUCAAUGAAAAUGCAGAUAAUUAUAAUGAAGAAAAAAUUAAGUAUUCAUAAUUCGCCAUCCCAAGAGAACCACCAUUAUUCUCCUGUAUGGUUUUCUUUGCCUAUAGGAAAGCAAUUACAUCCGCGUUAACCGCACAGGCUCUCAGAGCCAAACUUCAAUCCCAGCUAUAACAUGUGGGCUAGUCUCUUACACUCGGAGAGCCUCAACUUUCUCAACUGUAAAAUGAGAAUAAAAAGAGCACCUAUGAGGCUGGGUCCACACUGGUGGUCUCAGCUACUUGAGAGGCUGAGGCAGGAGAAACACUUGAUCCUAGGACUUUAAGGGUGUAGUGCGCUAUGGUCACACCUCCAAACAGCCGCUGUACUCCAGCCUGGGCAACAG